GAACCAGACAAGACUAUAAGAGGUCUGAUGAACGAGUAACUGGUAUCAGUUCUCAGCUUUCUUUGCGCAAGGACAACUCCUAUUCUUUAAGCGAUCGACUGUCUUUCUGUGUGUGUGUCUAUAUGUCAAAUAUUUAUUAAUCGCAAGAAAAAUUCAAUACUUCAACAUGAAGAUCCUGUUGGUAUUCCUGGUUUGCGUGACCCUCACGUAUUGCAGCAAAGCUAAAAAGCAGAUUCACGAUCAACAAAUAAUUGAUAAUUAUGAGUUUGAAUAUGUGGAUCAUGGUGCACCCGCAUUAGGAUUGAUCGAGUCAAAUUCUCAUUAUGUCGAAGCAGUGCCCGUCGCGACAGUAGCUGCGAGUGGUCAUCGCUCAAGUCUUAUUCGGCCUGGUUAUAGUGUGGGUGGCCCUUUAGCCAGUAUAGCUAAAGGAGCCGCUGAUCAGGCUCACACGCAGUUGAAUCAGCAACCAUCAGCGGCUGGACAGGCGGCAUAUGUAGCCAAGAAUACGCUGGCCCAAGCGGCAGCGCAAUCCGCGGCGACAGCCGCUGCAGCCUUGGCCGGCAAACAGAUUAUCGUGAUGGGUCUGGAACAACAGUCAAGGGACGCGCAAGUCGCGGUAGACGGUGAGAAGCAACAACUUCAACAGGCCCAACGUGCGGCCACAGCUGCAAGAAAUGCGGCGCAACAAGCAAUGCAUCAGGUGCAAGUGAUAACCACAGCGUUAAACGCGGCGCAAGCGACCGCCGAACAUGCUGCACAAGCGGCAUCGGAAGCUGCGGCCGAGCUGGCCGCGCAAACGACGAUGGUGGGCCAAGCUAAGGCGCGUGCUGAAACGAUAGCUGAGCAACUCGCGGCGGCGCGCUUAGAUUUUGACACAACGCAGGCGGCGGCGCAAAAGGCCGCCAAUGCCGCCCAAGCCGCGCAGAGCAAUGCAGCGGCUGCAGCCGCGUACGCGGCCAACACCGCGGCUGCGUCUGCGACCGCAAAUCAUCAUCCGGUCUCUUUGCACGCCGCCACCGCCGACGAGCCUCUCAGUCUGGCCAACACCUUGCCCGUAGAUGCAUUAAGUUAUAAGAAUUAUCACCUUUAAAGGCCAUACCCUGCUUCGCGCCUCUUCCCUUGCGAUUCAUCCCUUUGCAAGUGUACGGCGUCACUUGCCCAUUGACAUGGCGGCGCUAUACACAAAGAUGCCUGGGUCUCUUUUGCUCGUUUCUAAUCAAUGAGAUUCAGCGAUUGUGCGCAUUAUCAUCAUUUGUACGUUUACCUGCCAGACUGCACAAUAAAAUAUUGUUGCCAUCCUAAACUGUACGUUUUUCUCUUCCUUUCCCGAGGAAUGUCUAAACUUAUUCUUCAGUCGUUUCGCGCGCACAAACUUUCUGGUGUAUAUACAUAUUACGUUAAUUUUUCCUUAAUAAAAAUUUAAUGAAAAAUGCCUGAUUGUGUAGAUCAUUAUUUAACAUCGAGGAUUGAUAUGUUUUGGCAAAGUAAGACAUUGAAAUGAUUAAAAAUAUAGAUGAUAAGAUACUAUAUCAGUUGUUUAAAAUAUCGGUCAAUUAAACACUACUUUACUCCAACGCGAAUAAAUUUUAUGCAAUCCGAUCAGAUAUGU